AAGUAAUCUCAGACUUUUGAAAGUGUUGUUUGCAAGUACAUUUGCUAGACGGUCAUUAAAAAGUGAUUAUAUUAUCGAGAGUAUGACGUCUCCAGAGAAUUUAAAGUAAUGAAGAGUCAGUUCAAAGCGAUAUCAUUACACACUGAUUGUUGACAUUAAACAAACAACACGUUUUGGAUUCCUUUUAUGCGGAUAUUUCAGGCGACGUGGAUUUUGAAACGGAUUUAAAGCAAAGAUUUCACUAGGGAGACGAUGACAAAGUCAACAACAGCUGCGAUCAGCUUUACAUUAUUUUGACAGAAGAAUUGAAGGAAAAGGAUAGUCAACAGAAGGUCAGUGAAGGUAUACUGCACGAUACUGCAAGAUACAACUGUACAAGACUUUUGUCAGUUGUAGUGUUGCGACAGGAUUACAGAACACGUUGUUCAACAGUUUUCAAGUUUUCAGAUCAUGUUUUAAGAAAACUCAUGUCUCUGCCCUGCCUUCACCAAGCUGUUUCUACAGGCAGACUGCAUCAGAUUCGUUUGUUGCUAGACAUUGGUGUAAAGCCAACAUUAGUGGACAAUCAGGGUCGUACGCCGCUCAUGACGGCAGCUUGUAUGACAAAAGAGACGAUUGCGCUACGGAUAUCGCGCUUGCUGUUGAGUCGCGGUGCGCUUACGGAGUGCGUGGAUAACCAGGGUAGAACGGCGUUAUCUUACGCCUGUGAAAAUGGACACUGUAAACUGGUUAAGCUGCUCAUAGACGCUGAUUACGAUAUCAACAUGCCGGACAAAGAAGGCAAUACGCCCCUCAUGUACGCGGCCAUAUCGGGUAAUGUGGCCACUCUGCGUGAGAUAUUAUGCGUGGUACUCAAAUACAGACUUAGCGUGGAUUUGAGAAAUAAGAAAGGCUUCUCUGCUUAUCUGUUAGCUGCGAAAAUGGCACACAGCGAAUGUGCCAGGAUUUUAAAGACAGAAGGAAAUGCCUCCGAUUGCGUCCGGGACACGGAGUAUUUCUUGAGUGACAAGGAAUGGGCAAAAAGAAUGAAAAGAAAUCUUAACAGAGACAAGAACAGCAAAACGGUUCAAAAGAUAGACAGCCGGACUCGUCCAAAUACGUCAUUUGAACUGCGUCGCACUAACAAACUUGCUGAAGGUUCUCGCAACCCUAGGGCAAUAUCCCGACUUACCACCCGCAGUGAGCCCGGGGUGAUGGUACGAAGGAGCGGAUUGGUAAACACUUGGGUACCCUGUUCAGAAGAACAUUCGCAAAAUGAACAAACAUUACGCGGCACUAGCCCUUCCUCGGUAUCUUCCAGCAGCCGACAAAGCACUAUUCCACGGGUGGUUCGAACCUUAACACCCGACUUACACGCCAUAUUUAGUCAGUAUGUUCUCAUUGACAACAGGCCAGCGGUUACUGUGGCAGACCGCAGGAUGCCCUAUGCUACCAAACACGAAGAGACGCGAGUGCCGUCUAAACCUGCGUCAAGAAAUUCUCGAAUGAGUGUUUCGAUAAAGAAAAAAGUAUCUAUCCUCAGAUAACGAGACCAAUUCUUCCAGAUAAAUGUCUUCGAUCCUUUAGGUCAGCGCCAAGGAUUGAGACGUCCCGAUCCAUUGCGCUGAGCGAAAAGACACUCCGUCUUGGGACGAGAAUGAUAGCAGAAAAUCAUCACUUCGUUUUCCAGUUAUCUAUAGAACGCUCCAACAUACAUUUUGACUACUCUC